UUAAUAAGGGGGUGUGUAUGCUGUUGAAGGAAGGCCCCGUCAACGCAUCUGCGAUCCAUUCUCAUAAGGGGGCGGGGUCAGUGAACCGAUUAGCGCAGGGCGUUCUGGGAAUUGUAGUUUUUCCCCCAUGUCAAUUGGCAUACAAAUGAUGUCUUCAAAGGGGUGGUUGUUCACGGUGAACUUUGAAGUCGUUUUUACAAGUAAUUUCAUGUUUCUUCAAUAUAUAUCAAAUUAAGUCUUCCAAGGUACGAAUAAUACACAAUUAUUUAUACAAAAGUCCAAAACACCAAGGUAGUUGCCUAUGUUGUUAACCUUUUGUUUGUAGUGAGUGAGUGUCUGUAAAUGUUCCAGAAUUUGACACAAAUGCUAUUUUUUAUCUGUAGACCCUUGACGGACUGUUAAAAAGUCACCCUUCAAACAAGACAAAGUAUUAAUACAUGUUUUUAUGGUGGUGAAAUUAUUCUGUUGUUAAAGUAUCUAGUACACUGGCUGUUUUAUUUUCGGUUAAACCACGUUUAAGUUGUCAAGCAAAGGUAAUUAUUCCUUCAUAAUUUCAAAGCGGUCUCAAAACAAAGUCCAGCUUAAACUGAGUGUUAUUAUAGCAUUUAAUUUGUGUGUUGUGAUGGCAUAUGAGUAGUGCUCAGUACAAUUUUAGGAAUUCAAUCUUGUCAUAUCACUACUAUUUAUGUAUGAUGAAAUCGUGAAUAUAAAUUGUUAUUAUUAUAUAUGAAUUUAUUUUAAAUAAGCAGUUUUAAUUUGAUAUAUGUAUAUAUAAAUUAUUUUAUGUAAUGAGAGCUUUGAUUAUACCAGUGCAAGUUCUCGCGUCUCAUACUGAAAUCGAAAUUCUCUUCUGACCCUUUAAUUUUCAUGCAUAAAAGAAGCUGGGUCACAUUCAUGUGUACAGCUGGAAACGGCUGAUCUGACCGUAUCUCUCGGUCCACUGUUGGCUCUUGUUGUGAUUUUGGCAUGGGAUCUGUUUGCCGGGUUUUGAGCCGCUUGGACGUAAGGAAGCGAGCAGGGAAACCUCUCUCUCGCCUGCACAAUUGUUCCCCGUGUUUGUCCUCACGCAGCUGAGGCGCUGCUGAUAAGAGAGGCUUUCCAGAGAUACCCCGUGAGAUGCCCAGACAGGGAGGAAGUUCAAUUAGGGUUUGAUUUCCUCGGUCAAAGCACGCGUGUGAUCGUGUGAGGCAGAGAUUUCCAGGGGCUUGAGUUUAGAGACAAUGGACUUGAAUGAGCAUUCAGGAAAGUCAAUAUUUUCUACUUCGCACUCUAAUGUUUCUCUUUCCUGGUGUUGCAUCCUGUUUCAUGGAUGUAAGCAAAAGUAGAUGGGCACUUUUUUUAGUUAAUUUUUUUUUUUUUUUUUUCACAUUUAUUCAACUUAUAGUGAAAGUCAGUAUUUAUUACUUCACACUCUUAAUGUUGCUUUCUGUUUUAGGGAUGUAAGCAAGGACACACUGUUUUAUGUCAAAAUGUUCAUUUUUAAAGAAAAUCCUUUAACUUUAUUCAACUUUUAUUGAUUUAGUGUUUAAAUUUAAUUCCAAAACAAAACAUUCCGCCAGGUGUCCUUAACAAAAAGUACUGUAAAAUAAAAGGACAAUAUUGUAAUAUCACUAUUGGUAUUGCCAUGGUAUUCUUUGAAGUAAAUUACAGCAUUAUUUAAAGAACAUAAUGUUUUCAAUAUAGGAAUCAAACUAUAAUUUCUUUAAGAUGACUUCAAAAUGUAAAUCCAGUUGUCAUUUACUCACCCUCUUGUCGUUCCAAACCUGUAAGACUUUCGUUUCAUCUUCGUAACACGAACUAAGAUAUUUUUGAUGAAAUCUGAGUUUUCUGAGCUCAGUUUUUUGUGACAUAAACUUUUAAAAGGUUUGAUUUUGUAGCAAUUUUAUAGUUAAAUUUUUUUGCAAUUACGAAUGUUUAAUUUCAGUACAUUUCCAUCACUGUAAGUAACUAUAGACUUCCAUGGCCUGGUUUCACGGACAGGACUUAGAAUAAGCCAGGAUUGGACCUUAAAGUGGCUUUUCUAAACGUGUCUUAAAAAAAACAUUACUGGUAUGAAUCUUGAGACAAAGAUGCAAGAUGCUUUCAGUUAAAACCGCUCAAACAUGCAUUUUAGUCUAGGCUUAAGCCUUGUCUGUGAAACCAGGGGUAAUAAUAUAACUUUUUCUACACUUCCAUUUUUUGAAGUGCUUUCACUUCUGCAAUUAUCUAGCAAGUGUCUUCUUUAAAAAGAGUCGGAAAGCAUUCAUCAUUUAAAUUCAGAUCUAUGCUCGAAACGGUUAACAGGCUUAGCAAACAUUCCCCUCACACCAGAGACGGCGCGGGACCAGGAACGGCGUAUUCGGCGGGAAAUCGCCAACAGUAAUGAGCGCCGGCGCAUGCAGAGCAUCAACGCUGGCUUCCAGUCCCUGAAAACACUCAUCCCGCAUAGUGACGGAGAAAAGCUAAGCAAGGCUGCCAUCUUACAGCAGACGGCUGAAUACAUCUUCUCUCUGGAGCAGGAGAAGACACGGCUGCUGCAACAAAACACCCAACUCAAACGCUACAUACAGAAGGAGUUCAGCGGCUCGUCUCCGAAGAGGAGGCGCGCCGAGGAGAAAGAUGAAGGAAUCGGAUCCCCAGACAUUCUGGAGGAGGAGAAGGUGGAGGAUCUGCGGAGGGAGAUGAUCGAGCUCCGACAACAGCUGGAUAAAGAGCGCUCCGUUCGCAUGAUGCUGGAAGAACAGAUCCGUUCGUUGGAUGCCCACUUGUACCCUGAGAAGCUAAAGGUGAUCGCGCAGCAGGUCCAGGAACAGCAUGUGCAGUCGCAAACUCUGCUCCGCCUUCAGCAGCAGCAGGAACAGCUGGGGAAAGAGACCAGCACCCCUGCUCGCAGCCCGCUGGUGUUUUCUCCUGCCACACCGCCUGCACCCACUCAUCACGCCACAGUAAUCGUCCCCGCCCCUGCGCCGCCUCCUCCUCCCCAUCAUGUCACCGUGGUUACCAUGGGCCCCGCCUCCGUGAUCAACACAGCAUCCACAUCACGACAGAACUUGGACACCAUUGUGCAGACACUAAGGAACGGCACCCGAAGCCAUUUAAAAGCCAUCCAGCACAUCGAAGGCACGCAGGACAGGAUGGUCGUGCCCGAGGAGGAAAAGCGCCGGGCGGUCAUCGUCACCCCGGGCCGCGUCCUCACAGACACCGGAGACUCCGACACCGCCUCUGACAACGAAGGAUCUGAGGACUGUUAACUGCCCCGGUCACCCCCAUCCCCAUUUCCGCCCCACAUGUAACCGGGGCCACGGAGAAGGGUUAGGGGGUCAGUGGAAGGGCCUCCGCAGAAAUACUCUUUCUUUCUCUCUCCUCUCUUCCUGUCGCUGUCUUCUUUACACUCGCAUACGGGACUCACAAACUCAAUGACUUGAAGGUUUCUUGGGGGUGGGUGUGGGGGGGAGGGGUAAAACUAUACAAAAACUGAAAGAUAAAAAAAAAAGAAGGUUUACAGGAAACGUGCCGCAAAAACAGAACGAGCACGUUUAUGUAUACUCACACAGUACACUAUAACUCCAUAGCACUCUGGUAACUUGUUGAUACAUUCAUGUGAUACAGCUCUUACUCAUACUCCGUCGUCUGUAGUUUCACCAACGCACGCUCCCAGGUUAGCGAUUUUGUGAGGGGAAUCACAAAAUCUGUCGGAAUCUGCCAUGGGUCUUCCAGGCCUCUGCUUCAUCACUUCCUGUUCUCCUACAUUCUGCCCAUAAGAGGGCAGUAGAGUGUUCUGAUUGGAGGAAUCCCGUUUCCGCGCUACAGGACGUCUCAUCUCUCAAAACGAACCAUUUGCCCCACUAUCCCGCUCUGGCUGCGUCAUAUUCCUCUUUCCGUUCUGGGGAGGCUUGAAGCAUCACUGUGAGCCAAUGAGACUUCAGAAACCUGUUCCACACCAUGGCUUCCGAAAGUUUAGAGGAAAUGUUACUUUUCUUUUGGCGUUUUUUGUUUUUGGCGUUUUCCCGUUUGCUGGCGAUAUGUCAAGUUCUCAAAAGCGUGACAAUGACUGACACUGCUCAGAGGGGCUUUGUAUUGCGCGCACUUUUUAAAUUACGCAAAGAGGGGGGACUUUGUGCACUUAUUGUCGCUCACCUUUACUGGGCUGGGUUCCCAGUACACACGUUGGUGUAGGGUGAAGCACUCCCUCCGUCGCGUCCAAACACCCCCCUUCCACGGUCCUGUCCUUAAAGUCGUAAUUUCAAAAUUCUGGCCGAAUUUUUUUUAAAUGUCGUUUGUAUGUCAAAUGAAUGGAAUAAGCUAACCGUCAGGUACUCGUACCUGCGAGGAAAUUUGUGUCGCUUUUAGCACAUUUGCUAAUAUAAGCGUAAAGUUUCGUUUUUGUUUUUGAGGAAGUGUGGAAAUAGCACUACCAGGGUUGUCGUGGCCCGAUUUCAGCCUAUGCAGCUCUUUUGGUUCUCGCCCCCCCACGCCCCCUUUGAGAGGAACUUGGUGGCCACUUUGGUCUUCUCCCAGAAGUAUUGUCAUGUCCGUUUGUCGUCCAAGUCGUGUCAGGUGCUCUCUGCGGCGUGACUAGCCCGUAAUCUUGCGCUCUAUGCACUCUGCUCGCUUGAAUGUUUUAGUUUCCCUGUAUUUCCUGGCGUUCGUAGAUAAUCACUUUGGACAGCAAGGUGGUGCUACUCCUGCUUGAACUCUCAAAGCCAGGGAUGUCCGAUCCUGCUUCUGGAAGGCCGUUGUCCCGCAAAGUUAGCUCCGUUCCCAAUUAAACACACCUGAAACAGGUGUGGGACGAGUUGGGGCUCAUCUCGGAUGGACGUUUGCCCUCCAGCACCAGGAUUGGAGACGCCUGGAAAAAGCCACGUGAUACUGUGAACUCUUCAUGCCCCUGGUGGGACUGAGAGAUGUAUCCCGUGCCGAACAAUGGCCAGUGGCUUGCCUUAACUCAGCUUCGGUGUGCACUGUGAGGCACAGAGGCCUGCCUUAAGCUUUUAGCCCUGAAGAUGGCGCUAGAGAGUGAGGCGUGUUCAUCUCUUCUCGCAGUUGAUGUUUCCAAACAUUCCAGAUCAAUCUACCGUUGUGUUUUGCAUUGCGUUGCCGGCGCUGAAGUCGGCAAGAUUUGGCCACAGAGAGUUUUUUUGCAUUCGGAAGAGUGCAUGUCCCCCUUCCCUUAUGAAAUAUUACAGGGAAUCUUUUUGCUGCUGGACAGAUUGUGUUUUUUUCCUUCUGGCUACCUUGUCAUUCAUAUUGCGGUGAAGACUGCUGGGAAUCAGGGCUUCCAGAAGAAUGGGAUAAUGUUGGCAGAUUUACUUUUUCUCGCGCUUUUUAUAUUUGGAUAAUGGUUUGCUUGGGUCAUAGAGACUAGUAUCCUGCUUGUGCUGUCUUUUGUUUUUCACGUUACGUCUGUAAUAACGGUUUUGUCUUUGCGAAAACGUCUCUUUCGCCCUCCCACGUCUGAACAUUUCCUCUACCGAAGCCACAGGGUGUCUAUUUUUGUGUGUGUGUGUGUAAUUUCUACUCACAGAUAUCACUGUAAGUAAAUCCUGAGGACAUAUCAGAGGUUGGGUGUGUCGAGUGAAACGGGGGUGAUUUUAUGAACCUGAAGCACUUACUGUAGUAUAACGAGGAGUGACUCUUAUUUUCAAAGAGAUGUUCUCCUCGACCGAAGCUCUUCUCGCUGUGAUUUUUGAACCACACGGCUGUGUUUAACCCUCAACGUUUGUCCUGGCACACCACAUGUCCUCUGGGCCGUCUCUGCAGUCUCCAGACUUGUCUCAUCUUCUCCCUCUUUUAUUGUCUGUCAUCUCUUUAUUUUAUUUUUUUUGUUUCUAUUUUUGUUGUUUCUCUUUAUGUGGGACAGUCAGUCCGUUUGGUUGAGAAGCUAUUGUAUUUUUUUUUAAACUGGGGAAAAGAGGCUUGUGCCUUUGUAAAAACAGAAUAAUAAAGUUUGUACUUUGUUUUUUACAA